AUGUCUAAAGAAGAAGAAGGAGCUUGCAAGUUGAGCUCUGCCUGUAAGCAUAAGGAACGCAAGCCUAAAAAACCUCAUUACAUCCCUCGACCAUGGGGAAAACCGUAUAAUUACAAGUGCUUUCAGUGUCCUUUUACCUGCAUGGAGAAGUCCCACCUCUAUAACCACAUGAAGUACAGCUUGUGCAAGAAUUCCCUGUCUCUCCUAAUCGAGUCAGACUGGCCUUACAAGAAGAACAAUUUCCUCAUCCCGGAAAUGCAUCUUCUACAGGAGCCACAGUCAGAGAGUACUGCCGACAGGCAAGAGAUGUGCGAUUCCACUGGCUCAAAUACCUCCAAGGCUAAACAGACAAGGGAGAAGGGUCCAUCUGAGGUGCAGAGAUUCAUGGACGAAGACGAUGAGAGGGAGGAGGAAGAAGAGGAAGCAGCGGGUCAGAGCCAAAAGGAUAAGAACAGGGGCUUGCGGCCUGUGCAGGGAAGUCCAAAUAAGACUGAAACCCACAUAUCAGUGACAGGGUUAAAGGGCAAGAGAGAAAGGCCAAGCAAAGAAGGGGAUCCUGAGUUCAUUAUAACAGAUGUCUUCUCCUUAGAAGGGCAGUUUGAGAAAGAACGAGAGGAGCAGAGAUUUGUGAAAGGUUCCAGGAAAGCUCCUAGCAAUUUGGGAGGUUCUCGGGCUGAGCAGUGGAAACUUCUAAAUAGUACGCUCAAGAAAGGGACAACAGAGGUACCAACUGGAGCUAAUAUUAUCCCAUGUUAUCCACCACCGACAUACACAGAAUAUCAGGAACCACAGGGCCUCUCACUACUAGGUAUCAACUACCCACUGAACACUAACCUGUUUUCUUACUUAAACCCCGCUGUGAGCACUGGUACAGCACAGCUCCCCUUUCUAGCAUCUACAGCCCAGCUCAUGCAACCUACCCACUCCUCGCACUUCCAGACUCUGCAAAGCCCUGAGCGAUCAUUUCUCCCCCGCUUCUACUAUCCUCUGCUUUUUGAACAUGCAUUUAACAAUACAGAGGGAAAAUUGGUUGCUGGAAAGCCAGUGAACCAGGCCCAGACAGUGCAUACUUCAUUUGUUGCAGCUCCAAAAACCAAAACAAGUGUAGAACCUGUGAAAGUAGGUCUUCACAAGACCCCAGAAGAUAAAAACACAGUGGUUUGGGGAUCUGGAGACAAGCUGGUAAAGCAUACUUUGCCACAUAAUAAAGGAUUGCAAGAUGGAGAGGGAAGCUGGCCUCCCCAAGCAGUUCUAGACGCCAUUCAACAGCAAAAGCAAUUACUUGGUGUUUACGGCACUCCGUCUCUUGGCAUGAAAGAAGACUUUACAUCACAAAAGGCAACUACCGAUGGACCAGUGUGGGCCAAUUCCAUUCCUGCCAAAUGCAUGAAAAGAAAGCCUUGGUCAGAGAGCUCUCCUCCAGAUAUUUGCAUGGAUCAAACUGCAUCACUGGUGGGAGGAGAACGACCCACACAAAACAGGUAGGCCUUUAUCAUUAAAUAACCAAACUCCUCAUUCAGUAAAUUGAAAAAAUAAAACAAUUUUAUUUAUCUCUAAUGCGGCGGAAUGCAUUAUAUAGUCGUUAUUUUAAGACCAUUAUGUUUCUUAAUGAAAUUCACCGAUAGUGUAUAUACCAGUGGCUCCCAACCAGGUCCUCACUGUUCACCACAUCUCCCAUUUCUCAAACAAUGACAGUAACACAAAAAACCUAGACCAUGAACUGCAUUGGGAACCAUUGGGGUACGUUACUUAAAACCACUGAAUGCCAAGAUUAGUUUAUAACUCGCCCUUUUAGCAUUGUGAUGGCAAACCCUUGGGACCUUAGCUUUUGUCCAUUACUGUUGUGAUAAUUUUUCAUAUACAAUAACCACUGGAAAUACAUAAGACACUGAGGUCCCUAGUAAAUGUAGGAGAUUUCUAUGGCAUACUUAAAAGUAGUCACAUUUUAGCUACACUGCCAGGAGAGUACAUUAGUAGCGUGGCAUGUACUUGAAAUGGUAAAAGUAAACUUUUGAAGAAAAGCUAUUUUAUUUAUUCUCUGUUUUCUUAUCAGCUCCUAUUCCCCUCACAUGUCUUCUCCUGAUGCCUGGCAAGACAAAACCACCAUUCUUGAUGCAUCUUCACACAAGCGAAGGCGAGAGUCUGAACUUAGUGCAGAGAACACAGAAACUAUGGGUGAAAAUACCUCAGUGCUUAUUGGAGACCUCUCCAGGACUCUAGAGGAAUAUGGAAAGGUGGAGAAAAGGCUGGCAAACCUGGCAUCUGAGGAUAACAGCCGGCAGAAAGUUCUGAGUGAGCAACUUGGCAAAAUUCGAUUGGAGCUUUUGAAUAUCCACCAUGCUUUAGAGAAGGCAUCAUAUCCACAUGAAGGACCACUAGAUCUUUCCAUUAAAAGAUCAGAAGACAUGGGAAAAGAAGAAGGAGACAAGGUCCCACCAGGAGAUGACCCACUAACAUGCCCACCCACAGAAUGUUCACCCAGGCAGCUGGUUAAAGUGGAACUAUUGUCCCCAGAGUUAGUCACCUGCUAUGCCCGUCCAACCAAGUGUGAGGCAGACUCUAGUGUUCUGGUUUGUCCCGAUGGCAGGGGAGGAUGUACUAGUGUUACACAACCUCUUGUUUCUAUCCAGGAAGAAGGUUUGGGGUUUGGGAGGGGGCGCCAGCAGUUGGAAAGCGUUUGAACAUUUAGAAUAUCUGCAGCUUGGAAUAUUCUUCAUUUUCACCCUCAAACAAUACAUUUUAAAACUUAUACCUUCAACGCAAAGUUUUCUGAAGCACAUUGCAAACCAUUUGCACUAGUUCCGUAAACUCAAACUCGUGUCUUGGCUGGGCUUUAACCCUGAAACGUACUGUGCAUAAAUACUGUUCAACGAAGAGACAAGAAUUCACACAUAACUUACAGAUCACCUUAACAUGCCCUAGACAUUUCACUGUGAAGGAGAAGCAGACUAUUUCUGGUGCAGAACAUCGCAUUGCAAUUCAUAGUCAAAGUUCUACAGACUUCCUUGCAGUUAGUUCUUACGUGUACCUAAAAGGGUAUCAUCAAUCUAUGCUACUGCUGGAAACCUUUUCUACCAGUCCUAGUUAUCGGUGGCAAAUCACACUUAUAAAUCUGACAUUGCAUAAUCUCAUCGGGGAUUAUAGACAAUGUCCACUAGUUGUAGACUGCAUCCAAAAGGAUACAGUUUUUUUAUCCAAUGCGGGACUCAGAGUGUAGGCUUUGAAGUACAAUUUCCACACCAGAAACUGUUAUGUCAUUAGCACUGUUAAUAUGAUUUUAUGUUACAGUUUAUUCACCUCAUUAAACACUAAUACAUUGUUUUCUGACAUUUAAUGUUCAGUUUAAGAAUAAAAGCCAACUAGUAG